AUUUCAGUAGAAUUUCAGCGACCGUAGACGUUUGCAGCUCCAAGAAACCAAAGUCUCUCACACACUUGUAAACAGAAACACACACUGAAACAUUUAGAGAGAGAGAGAUGUUUAAUUAUUCUGUUACAAUCUUUGAGCUUCAGAGUACAGUUGCUGGUGGAUAACUGCGCCCUCUAGCGUCCGUAAUUGUAAUGCACAGAUUUGUUUUCAAAAGAGUUUCGUGUUAGUUUCGACACAUUGAUAGUUUGAACCAGUAACUGACUGGAGCCAAAAAGACUUCAAUAAAAACAGUUUCAACAAAAAGGGUUAAGUUGUUUUAUGUAAGAAUAAUAAAAAACAUUGUUGAACAGAAGCAAUAAAAUGAAUUUCCUCAUUCAAGUUAAAUGAGGUAAACAAAGUGUACAGAUUUGUUUGUUGCAACACCGCCCUUUUUUUUACAGGGUUGUUUUUUGUCAUACUUAGGAAUGACGAUAUAAUUAUAAUAUAUAAUAUUACAAACGUAAUAAUCCAGCAGAGCGUGACACUGUCCCACAAUUCUACAGGAUAUUCCUUUAAUUGAAGGGGCUCUAAGGGGAUUCUAGUCAAAAUAAACUAUUUCCUAAAUAGGAGCAGAGGUCAGAAGAAUCUAAAAAGGACUUGAUGGUAACCAGGAGCUCCCACCAGGUCAGUCAACAGGUGAAAACUGAUAUUAACUGAUAUAUUGACAACCUGUCCCUGGCAGGUGUCAGAGAAGUGACUUCCAUGAUGAACAAAACAUGACUGAGUGACUUCAGAGAGGCCGGUGACUGAUGUUCCUGAAGCCUGUAUACGAGUGUGACGCACUUAAAAUAAAUAAAAAAAAAAAAAAAACCAACCCAGAAUCACUUUACUUUUCAAUCCUUCUCCAGACCAACACACUGUCACGUACCUAUUUAUGGAGGUAACUAAUGUAAAAGACAAAUAUCUGUGAGUGCCAGAAAUAUCUGCUCAAGGUUUCUCCUCAACAACAGGCUGAUUGAUAUCCUCCCCGUCGUUUGAUUGGCCCAUGUCUUAGUGAUUUAGGGUCAGUUGUCCCACCACUAACGUCACCUCUCUAUAUUUUACUCAGACGUUUCAUGAACCCUGUAAAUAGGUGGCCUAUUGACGAAAAACCACAAUGACCAGCUAUUAAUUUAGCACGCAGCAGGCUGACUGGCUCCUCCCCUCGGCCUCCGACAGGACAAAUAUAUUGGCUGGUUGGACCCAGGGCAUAACAUCGUUCAGUCGUUCACUUUGUGGAAGGAAGAAUUCAUUGAGCAUCAUUUGUCAGGGUCCGUCUGGUGCGACUGUCAUGGACAAGUCUACGAUCCUGAACCACAGCUUAGGACUCCUGGGUUUGUUUCUGCUUCAGGGCGUGUUGACUGUGGACGGGAGGAGCACCUUCAACCCUGGAAACCACAUUUUUUAUCAAAAUGAAGACACAGACACCCAGAACAAGAUUCUCGCACUAUUAUUGCACAAAAGUGUAAUUCCAGUGGGAAAGGACGAACCUUUAGGUCCUGAGCUGGUCGAUAAACUGGCAGAAUUAGAGAAGCUGAAGCUGCUGAAGGAGGAUCUGGAGCUGGAACGACAGAUCACAGCGAAUCUGGCAGAAGGAAAAUCCAUACCUCAGAACCCCCAGAGGAGGGCAGAACCCUGCUUCUGGAAAUACUGUGUCUAACAUGGAGGCCACAGACGGAGGACCACCGUGAAAUCUUGCUGCAAACCCCAACUUGGCCUUAAGACUCAACGCACCAGUAACACAGAUUCACCAUGAAAUGAUUUCUGCAAUCUCACACUGUACCUUUAUCACUGCCAUCAAUAAACAUGUAUUUACUGCACUGAAGUGAUUUCAUGAAAGUCUGAGACCCAGAGACCCUGGUACGGUCUUCAUUUGUGGUCUGUAAAUAGUCAACAGAUGUAAAACUGGAGGGGGAUGGAAAUGGGGGAGGAGGAGAGUGGGAGCUUCUAUUUUCAGCUGAGUUUUAGUUUUGCUUUUCUGCUUGUGAUAGUGUCUCCCUCUUGUGGCUAUCUUUGGAAUUGCAAUUUUUAACAGUCAAACAUACACUGUCGUCUUUCCCGUUUUACCAAAUAAAUGAUUUCAGUGAUUCGAAUGAUUUUGUUGCUGCUAUAUGUAAAUCCUUUUAGGUAUUAAUGUAAACGUUUGUCUUCCUCCUGAUUGGUCUUGACUGGUUUCAGCUCCGCCCUCAGUUGAGCGUUAGUAAAUGAAUAAAGAUUUCCAAUUACCCAUAUUUUCUAAUUUAUAGAACGUAACAAAUAUCUAUGUAUUUAACAUGAACUGGAUGACAUAUUUAAUUUAAAUGUAAAGGAGUUAUUCUGCAAUUUUAUAAAAAUAACAAUCUAUAUUCAAUCAAUACUGGACGCCUGGUGUUUAGCAGUGGAAUAUAGAACCAGUAGGUGGCAGUAAUGUCAUAGAUGCAAAGCUGACAAUGCAAAGACAACAUAUGGUGUAAACAAGGCCUUUUAAAGCUGUAAACACCAGAUUUCACAACUCCUACUCCAGUAAUACAAUACUACAUCCUACUGAGUACUACUCUACAAUUCUACUACAAACCACUGUUGAAAACCAGUGCUUCAUCAGGGAGGUGAGUAAACCUCUGAAACUACUACAGUCAUUAGACUGUCCGUCCUCCUGAACUUGUUAACUGUUGCUCUGCCUCCGUCCAGUCGGCGAGCACAGAGACAGGCACCGAGUG